AUGGACGCGGCGUCCUCCGCCUCGGCGGCUCAAAAAGGCCCCAAGGCCUGCACGACCUGCGCCAAAGCAAAGGCUCGCUGUAUCCCUCGUGCUGACGGCGGCUCCAAGUGUGAGAGAUGCCUCCGCCUCAAGAAGGAUUGCUUCUCCCGGCCUCCGGCCCCGCCCCGUAUCAAGAAACGACCCAAGAGAUCCCGUGUCGCCGAGCUGGAGAAGCGACUGAACGAACUCUCCUCCCAGUUCGAAGGCCAGCACCAACACUCCCCAUCACAGCAACAACAGCACAGCCCGGCCAGCACCGUCAGCGUACCCGCGACCAAGCCAACUCCCAGCAGAGUCGCCGACAAGGGUGACAUCCUCAACUUCGGCCACCUGUUCCCCUCGCCCUCAUCAACUGGCGUCGAUGGCGAUGAGGAGUCCGCAUGGAGCCCCGAAGCUCUCAAGCCAUGGGACUCACCGUGGCCGCUGUCGGGCGAGGCCGGCGUCCUGCUAGCGCAGUAUCACGACGCGUUCGCCCACCUCUUCCCCUUUGUCGUCGUGCCCAAGCACGCCACUGCCGCAGACCUGCGCAGCUCGCGGCCGUUUUUGUGGAAGGCCAUCAUGAUGGUGAGCUGCAUCUUUGAUGGUGCACGACAGGCCAAGCUCGGCGAGGAGCUCCUGGCCGAAGUGGGCAAGGCCGCCGUGGUGGAUGGCAUCAAGAGUCUUGACCUACUCCAAGGUCUUGAGCUGCUCGUUGCAUGGUUCCACUUCGCCCUGAAAAGCUCACAAGUCACCAACCUCUUGUUUCUGGCACGGUCCAUGUGCGUCAACCUGAGCUCCAUGUCGUACGGCUCUGAGGACGAGGAGAGCAAGUACGGCAAUCUCGACCAUCUACGUGCGUAUGCCGGCACGUACUACCUCAAUACUCUUGUGUUCACCACCAACAAACGAACCGAUGUCUUCAUGAACACGACACAGCUUGAUACCUGCUGCCGCGUGCUGGAAAAUACCAUGGAGUUCCCAACCGACGCGUAUCUCGUCAAGCUCGUCAAGGUCCAGCAGCUGGCGCAGACCAUCUCCCUCACCAUGGCCUUUGACCCCGCCAUGCCCGCCAUGUCUUUGCCCCUCACGAUGGUAGUCGAGUCGUUCCAAGACCAGCUUGACACGUUCCGUGCCACCUUGCCCGAGAGUCUGGCCGACAAUCCUACCUUGCAAUGCCACCUCGCCAUCGCCGAGGUACUGCUGAUGGACAUUGCCAUCUCCGACCAGCACUGCAACUCUUCCAACAUGCCCCUCACCGACCGCCUGCAGCUUCUUUGGUCUUGUGUGCGAUCGCUGCGCGCCUUCUUCAAGGUCCGAUUCGCCGGUUCCGAGCUCGAAAGGCCACGAUUCCUCACCCUCAUUGCCUCCGACGUUGCCUACACCUUCAUCACAGGCGUCAAGCUCCUCGCACUCCGGGUGCCGGGUUGGAAUCUCGAGCACAUUGGCAAGGAGCUCGCGCUGGACAAGAUGCUGGGCCAACAGAUCCAGGACCUGUCGGAAAUCAUCGACAAGCGCAAGAGCGGGCUCCUGUCAACAGCAGACAAGGCCGGGCUCGAAGACCCGCUCGAGCGUUUGGUGAGGCUGCUGCGGACGGCUCAGGAGCUCGUUGCCCUGCAGUUGAGUGGCGUGACGGCGCAGGAGAUUGCGCAGGAAAUCGUGUCGGAGAUGAACAGCAGCAUGUGGCAGGAUCUGGUCAACGACUCGACCUCGGGGACGGCGUGGGCCGGCGCAGCGGACAGCGCGGCCAUGUUGAGCGCCCAAUGA